CAACAGCAAGUCUAAGAUCGCAGCACAACAUGUCAACACACCAUAAACAUGGUGGCAAAGACUUUCACCACAGCCUCAGAAGCGGGUAAUGUUACUACCCAUAUGGGCACAACUGUCUCUCAAAAUUCUAAGGACUCGAUGAAAUCAACAUGGAGAACGUGGGACAGGAAAACCUGGAAUCGUGAACAAAAGAUUAUGGAUCUUCUCGGCUUGCACCCGACUGAUCUUAAUCGGGACGUGCCAGUCUUUGCGAAGACCGACAAAAUGGCCUACGUUCCUCAUCUAGAGGGCCAUAAAUGGAUUCUAUUUCACGCUCUGUGGCCUCUCUUAGUCCACCAAACAUAUAUUUACAUCACGGGAAAGAAUAUGCACUGGCUCGCUGCCUUUGCCUUCUACUCCAUAACUUACAAAUUCAACGCAAUUCGCGAAAUCCACAAGAUGCGAGAGUUGGGUCAUCAAUACGGCUACCUCGAUGGUGACAAGCAUGAGCGAGACCAAGUUCCAGAUUCUCGCACGAAAGAGGUACUUCACUCGCUCACUUCCACUGCAACGAUACGCCCAAUCGUGAGUUGUUUCCUGGCAUACGCAACGAGUCAAGAUCCCUUGUCGACAUUCAGCUGGUAUCUUCCUCUGGAGAUCGGUGCGUACGGGGUCAUAUUGGAUUUCUGGUUCUACUGGUACCACCGUGUUAUGCACGAGAACGAGGCCCUCUGGCGAUUCCACCGAACUCACCACCUCACCAAGCACCCGUCACCACUCCUCAGUCUCUACGCCGACUCGGUACAGGAGGUCUUCGACAUCAUCGGCAUUCCGAUAAUCACAUACGGGACAAUGCGUUUAAUGGGUCUGCCCAUGGGCUUUACGGACUGGUGGAUCUGCCAACAGUACAUUGUGUUUACCGAACUAUGGGGUCACAGCGGUCUAAGGCUGUACAUCACGCCACCUACGACUCUCACUCCUGUGCUAAGAUUGUUCGACGCUGAGUUGUUGACGGAGGAUCACGAUCUCCACCACCGCAAAGGAUGGAAGAACAGUCAUAAUUACGGCAAGCAAACUCGACUUUGGGAUCGUUUGUUCGGUACAUGUCACGAUAGAAUCGAAGCAGUGGAGAGCAAUAUUGACUGGGAUACCGCAGUAUCGUUGUCACUUUGGUAAUAUCUUUGGGCUCGAUUCUUUCGGGAUUAUUGCUUGGUAUGGCUAGGAUUUGGCUUCCUGUUGUAGCUGCAUCUUCGCCCUACGGGCAAAAGGGAGAGAUCUCCAGGGGAAAAUGUUUGGAUUCUGCGUUGGUGUACGCGGGGAAGCAGGGUGCAGCCAUGUGAAGCCGAGGAUUGUGAUGAGUGCUGGCGUUACAGUAAAUGAUGGGUCGUGGGGCAGCGCUGUCGAUCAUCUAAUUGGGCAUGGUAUGUAUUUGGUGUAUGGGACAGAGUGUAUCAAAUUUAGCCGAAGCUCGGCACCUGCAUUGUUUUGCUUUGUAUACUACCACCACGAGUACCCAUUUUGUAGUGAUUAUAGCUAUUGAACGAUAUCAUGGUUACAAUACACUAUAUCUAUUAUGGCG